CACCCCACUUCCUCACUCCCUACCCUCACCUCUCUUUCCUCUUAGCUCCUGUUACUUCACUCUCUUCCUUCUCCCUCUGCUCCCCCUUUCUUGGCCCCUCCCCACAUCUCCCUCUUUAGUUAAGAACUAACCUUUGCUGCUUCUCAUUCCUCCUAUUCCCACCUCCCCGUUCCGGUCCCUUCAAUUUCUCCCUCCCGCUCCCCUCAUCUUUCCAGCUUCUCUCCUCCCCCCCCUGCCCCCCACCCUCUCCCCUUCUUCCCCCUCCCCUCCCUCUGCCUCAGCCCUCAGUGUUUGCUUUUCUCCCGGAUGCGGAUGAAAGGGCUGGCCUGCCCGUGCCCUGCCCUACCCAACUUCUUGGAGCUGGGGGCCUGCUUAAUGGCUGAGGGUUCCGGGACUCAGGCGUCAGGUCAAGGGCCUCCUAUCAACAUCCAGUUCCUUCGCGCCCAGUAUGAAGGUCUGAGGAGACAGCAGAGGACCCAGGCCCACCUGAUGGUGUUUCCUAAAGAAGGGGCCCUGCUUACUCCAGCUGAAUCGAUGACCAGUGCCGUUUGGAUUAACAAGGAGAGAAAGAGCUCACUGUCCCCGGAUGAGACUGACUCUGAGGUUGAGGGGACGUUGGAGGAAGUGGACAGAAGCUGCCAUCAGGCUCCUGAGACUCCCUGGCACACAUACCUAGAGAUGCACCGCUUGGCUCAAACUCUCCCUCUGGAAGCCAGCCACCAAGGGAACCGCAAGGGCUCCCUUGCAGAGUCAGAACCGAGGCGCUCUCCAGAAGGAGAUCCUGACGUGUUGGAAAACAAUCACAAGACUCAGCAAGAAACCAAAAUCCCAGAGGUGGCCCAGUGUCAAGGUCAGGAGGGCAGUAUCCCACUACAGGCAGCAGGCUCCAGUUUACAAGCCAGCGUCCAGCAUCUUCCUUCUACAAAGAACCGGCACAGGUCUGGAAAACCAGCUCACUAUCCAUUUCCCCAGAGGAAACAUCCCAGGAUCUCCCAAGCUGCCCGGAACCUGGGCUUAUAUGGCCCACCCUGAAGCUUUCUGCCCAGCCAGAUGUCUCAUCCUUGUGACCAUCCAUCAACUCAAUCAAGGAAGGACACAGAGCUGCAACCAGACAGAGCCUUGAACAAUGAGCAACAGUUGGACCACCCCGACUGCAGGAAUCACGGGAAAUAAACUUCUUAAUGGGAAAUAGUCUUUUCCUUCACAAUCCAGGAGAACACCCAUCAGACUGCUGACCGUUAAGAUGAACGUGCUCUCUUUUCCACGCAGCCCGAUUUUAGUCGUGUAGGGGAACGCUGCCAACAGUCCUAGAUGCUUUUCCGUAGCUGGGACCAGUAGAACAUUUGGUGGUCCCAGAAGUAAAGCAGGAACCUUGGCCAGAGGGAUAUUUUUUACAAUGUCUGGAACGUUGUGCUUAUAGGAGCUUUUUUUUUUUUCUUUCAAUAUUUUCUGAUUCUUUCUAUAUUCUGGGAAGGUCUCUAAGAAUUUAGAACAUUUUUUUUCUAGUUGCUCUGUCUGGGGAUUUAGAUGAUUCAGUUAUUAGUAGUGAUCACAUCAUUUCAUCUUAAGCCUCCCAGACCGUGGUCAUCCCUGGUGAAGAGGGUCAGAUCCAUUGCCCCUACCAUCUCGUGUGUUCAAGGAGUCCUUGGGAAAGAAUGCUUUCUCUCAGCUGUCACAGAGAUGGUACAUCCAUGCUUCACUACAAAUCUGUUUCCUGUCAGCCUUCCCUUCUAUCAUCUUUUUCCCAUUCCUCCUACGCUUGUGUUCCCUUCCGUCAAUUAACUUCAUAUUAAAAUCCAUCAACCACCA